AAUAUUAUAUCGAAUUUUCUCGGCCAUAUUUUUCAUUUUAAAUUCUAUCCAUUAGUUUUAUAAAAGUCCAUAACUUACUGCUCUGUGUUUUCUCUUUUGAUUCUUCUCUGUUUAUAGUGAGUAGAGAGAGUUAUCAUCUAGGGUUUAUAGAUUGGAGAUUUUAGCCGCAACAAGGAGGAAGUGUUUUUAAUUUAAUUUUAUUGUUAAGAGUUAUUGUUGCUUUAGGGAUUUUUAGAAUUUGGGUGUUCUUUUAAAUGGCUCGGUUGAUAAUUCCUUGUCGAAGUUCGUCUCUGGCGAGAGUCAAUCUUCUGGGUUUGCUCUCUCGUGCUCCUGUUCCUGUUAGAAGCAGUUGUCUUCGUAGUUCGGCAAACAGACUUACUCAACACAGACCGUUUCUUACUUCCGAGGCCAUUUGUUUGAGGAAGAAUCGGUUUCUACCCCAUUCUGUUGAUACACAUAAGCAAAACAGCAGGAGGCUCAUUUGUUCUGUUGCCACAGAAUCAGUUCCGGAUAAAGCUGAAGAUUCCAAAAUGGAUGCACCUAAAGAAAUAUUUCUCAAGAACUACACAAAGCCUGAUUACUACUUUGAAACUGUGGAUCUGAGCUUCUCUCUAGGUGAAGAGAAAACAAUUGUUAGCUCUAAAAUCAAGGUUUCUCCUCGAGUUAAAGGAUCUUCUGCUGCAUUGGUCUUGGAUGGACAUGACUUGAAGCUACUUUCUGUCAAGGUUGAGGGGAAGCUUCUUAAGGAAGGGGAUUACCAGUUGGACUCUCGCCAUCUAACUCUUCCUUCGCUUCCAGCUGAGGAGUCCUUUGUUUUGGAGAUUGAUACUGAGAUAUACCCCCACAAGAAUACUUCACUUGAGGGGCUUUACAAGUCUUCUGGGAAUUUCUGCACACAGUGUGAAGCAGAAGGUUUCCGCAAAAUUACAUUUUACCAGGAUCGUCCUGAUAUAAUGGCUAAGUACACGUGUCGUGUGGAAGGUGACAAGACACUUUAUCCUGUGUUAUUGUCCAAUGGAAACCUCAUUUCUCAAGGAGAUAUAGAGGGUGGUCGACACUAUGCCUUAUGGGAGGAUCCAUUCAAGAAACCGUGCUAUCUAUUUGCUUUGGUGGCUGGACAGCUAGUGAGCAGAGAUGAUACAUUUACCACACGCUCUGGUAGGCAGGUUUCCCUGAAAAUCUGGACUCCUGCAGAAGAUCUACCAAAGACUGCCCAUGCCAUGUAUUCCCUAAAAGCGGCCAUGAAGUGGGAUGAGGAUGUGUUCGGGCUUGAGUAUGACCUGGAUCUCUUCAACAUUGUUGCUGUUCCAGAUUUUAACAUGGGAGCCAUGGAAAACAAGAGUUUGAAUAUUUUUAAUUCCAAGCUUGUCCUAGCAUCUCCAGAAACAGCAACAGAUGCAGAUUACGCUGCAAUUUUGGGUGUUAUUGGUCAUGAGUACUUUCACAAUUGGACAGGGAACAGGGUGACAUGCCGUGACUGGUUCCAACUCAGUCUAAAGGAAGGACUUACUGUCUUCCGUGACCAGGAAUUUUCAUCUGACAUGGGAAGCCGAACUGUAAAGCGAAUUGCUGAUGUUUCAAAGCUUCGGAUCUAUCAAUUUCCGCAGGAUGCUGGUCCUAUGGCACAUCCUGUUCGCCCACAUUCAUACAUCAAGAUGGAUAACUUCUACACAGUGACGGUUUAUGAAAAGGUUUGGCUCUUUACCAAUAGUGUUUUGUUAUAUGCAGGAGCUGAGGUCGUCAGGAUGUACAAAACUCUACUAGGAACUCAGGGGUUCCGAAAGGGAAUUGAUCUCUAUUUUGAAAGACAUGAUGAGCAAGCAGUGACUUGUGAAGACUUCUUUGCUGCUAUGCGUGAUGCAAAUAAUGCAGACUUUGCUAAUUUCUUGCAAUGGUACUCUCAAGCUGGAACGCCCGUUGUCAAAGUGGUAUCCUCUUACAAUGCUGACGCUCGUACUUUCUCUUUAAAAUUCAGUCAGGAGAUACCUCCAACUCCAGGCCAGCCAACAAAAGAACCUACAUUUAUUCCAGUGGUUGUUGGUCUUUUGGACUCAAGUGGGAAAGACAUUACUCUUUCCUCUGUUCAUCAUGAUGGUACAGUGCAGACCAUUUCAGGCAGCAGCACAAUACUUCGAGUGACUAAGAAAGAAGAAGAGUUUGUGUUUUCUGAUAUACCAGAAAGACCUGUUCCAUCCCUAUUUAGGGGAUUCAGUGCCCCAGUUCGUGUUGAAACUGAUCUCUCUAAUGAUGACUUAUUCUUCCUCCUAGCACAUGAUUCAGAUGAAUUCAAUAGGUGGGAGGCCGGUCAAGUUCUGGCAAGAAAGCUGAUGCUGAACUUAGUUUCUGAUUUCCAGCAAAAUAAACCGUUGGCUCUAAACCCAAAAUUUGUGCAAGGUCUCGGCAGUGUGCUUUCUGACUCAAGCUUGGACAAGGAAUUUAUAGCCAAAGCAAUAACACUACCUGGGGAGGGAGAGAUAAUGGACAUGAUGGCCGUGGCGGAUCCUGAUGCUGUUCAUGCUGUUAGAAAGUUUGUACGAAAGCAGCUUGCAUCUGAACUUAAGGAGGAGCUUCUAAAGAUAGUCGAGAACAAUAGGAGCACAGAAGCUUAUGUCUUUGACCACUCAAACAUGGCGAGGCGUGCUUUGAAGAAUACAGCUCUAGCUUAUCUUGCAUCUCUCGAAGAUCCAGCAUAUAUGGAACUUGCACUGAACGAAUACAAGAUGGCCACCAAUUUGACCGACCAAUUUGCUGCUUUGGCAGCUCUAUCCCAGAACCCUGGUAAAACCCGUGACGACAUUCUUGCCGACUUCUAUAACAAGUGGCAGGACGAUUACUUGGUUGUUAAUAAAUGGUUCCUCCUUCAAUCAACAUCCGACAUUCCUGGCAAUGUAGAGAAUGUCAAGAAGCUUUUGGAUCACCCAGCUUUCGAUCUGCGCAACCCAAACAAGGUUUAUUCGCUUAUUGGAGGGUUCUGCGGUUCCCCAGUGAAUUUCCAUGCCAAGGAUGGAUCAGGUUACAAGUUCUUGGGUGACAUUGUUGUCCAGUUAGACAAAUUGAACCCUCAGGUUGCUUCUCGUAUGGUGUCUGCCUUUUCGAGGUGGAAGCGGUACGAUGAAACCCGUCAAGGUCUAGCCAAGGCACAAUUGGAAAUGAUAAUGUCUGCUAAUGGGCUGUCUGAGAAUGUCUUUGAGAUUGCCUCCAAGAGUUUGGCUGCUUGAGAGACACGUUAAGAAUCCUUUUAAAGACACUUUACUCUGAACUAUUUACCUACUGAAAUUAGUAGUGGGAUAUGUUAAAAUGAUCACAGAUUGUUUUGCCUCUGCUUAUGAGCUUUACUAUUACAAUAAACGUUUGCAUUAUAUAUUACGGCAAUGUUAUUUCUCAGAAGCUGUCAUUGCUUUGUCUACAUUGAGAAAGAUCAUAGAACUUCAUAAAACUUUGACUGUAAAAUAAAGUGUUACAAUGCAAAAAUUUUGAAAGAAAUAAAAGAAAUUGUUGUAAAC